UCUCAUGUCACUAAAAGCGCAUCUCAAGAGGUGUCCUGGGUCAUGAAACUUAAUCCACAGCAAGCUCCAUUAUAUGGCGACUGUGUUGUUACUGUACUGCUCGCGGAAGAGGACAAAGUUGAAGAUGAUGUAGUUUUUUACUUGGUGUUUUCGGGUUCCACCCUCCACCACUGUACAAGUACUCGGAAGGUCAGUUCUAAUACGCUGGAGACCAUUGCUCCUGGUCAUGACUGCUGCGAGACGGUGAAGGUGCUGCUCUGCGCUUCCAAAGAGGGCCUGCCCGUGUUCGUGGUGGCGGAAGAGGACUUCCAGUUCGUCCAGGACGAGGCCUACGACGCAGCCCAGUUCCUGGCCACCAGCGCCGGCAACCAGCAGGCCCUGAACUUCACCCGUUUCCUGGAUCGCUCAGGACCCCCGCCCACGGACGUGAACUCCCUCGAUGAGAAAGUCGCCCUGGCCUUCAGGCACCUGAAGCUGCCAGCGGAGUGGAAUGUGUUGGGGACAGACGCAGCCUCACACGAUGGUGGCCCCCGGGAGACAUUGAUGCAUUUCGCCGUGCGGCUGGGGCUGCUGAGGCUGACGUGGUUCCUACUGCAGAAGCCAGGUGGCCGCGGAGCUCUGAGCAUCCACAACCAGGAAGGAGCAACACCUGUGAGCCUGGCCUUGGAGCGGGGUUAUCACAAGCUGCACCGGCUCCUGACCGA